AUGAUGCACCAACAUGAUGCUGAUGAUGCAACAUUGGCUGAUACAAUGGUAAAGAAGAUCAUUACUGCUGCUUCCAGGAAAAAGCUGCGGGUCAUAGUGGUAGGGGACUCUACUCUGAAAGUCGUCCAUGUGGGUGCUAGUGAUAUUGACAGCAGUAGCCCAGAGAACAUUAAGAAGGACUACAGAGCCCUAGGAGAGGUGGUUAGUGGCUCUGGAGCUCAGAUAGUCUUUUCAUCAAUUCUCCAGGAUACAGGGGAGUACCUUAAAAAGGGUAGGAGGAUUAGCCAGGUUAAUAAAUGGUUAGAACAGUGGUGCCAGAAUCAGGGGUUUGGGUAUCUAGAACAUGGGACUCAGUUUGGAAGGACAGGUUUAUUGGAGGCUGGUGGAGCUGGUCUGACAACAAAGGGGAAGAGCCGUUUUGGGAGCAAACAAGAGGAAUUAGAGACGUGUGCAGGUCUACAGGGGUAUGAUAUAAUAGACAUCGCAGAAACAUGGUGGGAUGGCUCCUAUGACUGGAGUGUUGGAAUGGAAGGUUACAGGCUCUUUAGGAAAGACAGGCCUGGCAGACACGAAGGGGGAGUUGCCCUUUAUGUUAGGAAUAGGCUGGAGAGUAUGAAACUCUGUCUGGGGACAGGUGAUCAGUUAACAGAGUUUGUGGGUCAGGGUUAAAGGGAGAACAGCGAUGGGAGACAUUACUGUGGGGAUCUGUUACAGACUGACUGAUUAAGAGGAACCUGCGGAUGACACACUCUAUAGACAGAUAGGAAAAGCCUCAUGCUCACAGGCCCUUGUCCUCAUGGGGGACUUCAACCACCCUGGUAUCUGUUGGAGGGACGGAACUGCUCGACACA